AUGAAUUAAAUCAUGCAGGUUUAAGGGGAAGUAGGAUAGCAUAAAGGAUACAAAGCUAUAAAAAUUGUAUCAAAUGCACAUGAACUAAUGAGGAAGAGCAAAUCUCUCACAAACUGUAUUGGUGAAUUAGCCAUUCAAGAUAUCUGUAAGAAACUGCUCCAAGAUCAAUUUAACUCUAUCAAAAGUUAUGACAUCCCAAAAGGGGAAGACAAACCAGGAAUUCAAUUCAAAUCAGUUCACAGUAUGUAUGACUUACAAGCAUUAAAGAUAACUAAACUAUACAAAAAAAAUGAAAGGAAUGAAAUUGAAAGGCAAGUCAGAUCUCAAUUAGCCAAAGAGCCAGAUAAACAGUUACUUCUCUCCGAAAUUUAUGAACAGCUGGAAGACAAUUCUGAUGGUGAAGUACUAAAGAGGAAAUAAAAAGUUAAAGAGGAAUCCCUAGCCACUCAGUCAAAAGAAUAUGAUGAAUCUCAAGAUUAAUUGACAGACCUUAAAUAAUGGACAAAGAAAAUGAAGGAAUAAAAGAAGAAGUUAUAAAAUAACAAAGUAGAGACUGAAGCACUAAUCUCUCUGCCUAGAAGCAAAGAGAGAGCGUAAACUGAGAUAAAGAAGCCUUUGCUUCGACAAUAGGGAACCAGGCACUUAAAGAUUGACAAAUCAAGCUCACCUACGAAUUCUCAAAAUACUCCUAAAUCUUAUAAGGAUGCUUUGAAAAAUGCAGUUUCUAAGGCCAAAUAGCUUAAGGGUUUAAAUGGAGAUCUGAGUGUUGAACGUUCUGUGGAAUAAUAUCUAUAGAAAGCAUCAACAGUAGCCUUAAAUGAACUUAAAGAAAUUGGAGAACUUAAUGUUGAUGAAGAGAAAGGCCUUACUACAAAUUUCGAUUACACCAAUGAGGAUAUUUAAAGAAUGUAUAAUACUCUUGUUAAAGUUCAGAUUUCGUAAUUCAAAUCAGAAGCUGAAAAGGCUAAAUUUUAUAAAAAAUAAUCAUAAUUAAUAGCCAAUAAAUUAAUUCAAAAGAUUAGACAAAAUGAAACUAUUAUUGAUGCUAGAGUCACAGCAUAAGAGAAACUAAGAUUGGAAACUCAUGAUUUUCAUGAUAAAGUUAUUCAAAUUAAAUAGUUAUCUUAACAAUUGUAAUAGGAAAUAUAAGAUAUGAAGGAUCCUAAGUUACCAACCAGUAUGUAAAUGAGUAAAUCCCGAAUGUCUUUAGUCAACCAAUUUAUGUCUUAGUAAAAUAAAGAAAAGGAGUUAUAAUAAGAUUUGAAUGUCUUAAGAGAAAGCAGAAUAGCAUAUAAACAUAAAAUACUUUUUAAUAAAAAAACAUUAGAAUAAAUAGAUUCUGAUAUCCAAAUUAAAAAAAAGGAGAAUAAGAAUUUAUAAAGAUGUCUUAUAAACUUUUAUUUCUAAGUCCUGAAAAAUGGUUAAGAUGUUAGAAACACAGGAAUAGCCUGGGUUGUAUCAAGACUGAAUUCACUAAAUGAGAAAUCCUCUUAUUCAUGUUUCCCAGAAUAUUUAGAUUAAAAAUCAAAGGAAUUUUUAUUGCAAAAAGCUCUUAUGUUAUAAGAAAUAGACUAAUUAGAAAAAGAGUUGAGUGAAUCUUUCAAAUAAUACAAACAAGAAUAAUCCCUUGAUAAUAGUUUGGCUAUAAUACAAUAAAGCUUAUCUCAUAAUGAUUCUUUAGAGGUAUCGUCAUUGCCAUCCAUCUUCCCUUAUGAUAGUCAUAAACUAUCAGCAAUUGAUUUGACAUAGGCAAGAUUAGAAGCAACCAAGAGUAGCCGAAAUACUUAUUAACUCGAUAAGUUAGGUCCCAUUACUUUAGGUUUAACAAAUGAAGAUGUAGAGAAUUUAGAAAAUAUGUUAACAAGGUUAAACCAAAAGAAUUUGCCAGUGACAAAUGGGACACUCAUUUAUAGAGAGACUUAAAAAAGAAUCAAAUAACAUAUAAAAUAAUAAGGAUCUAUGGAUGUGUCUCAAAUUAACGACUCCUCAACUGUUUUAAAGGAGCAAGCCAUUCAUUCUUACGAUAAAUGUAACUCUUAACUAAAUAAACUAAAAAUAAAAUUAUAACAUUUGGAUGAUGAAUAAGUAACUAGAAUUGUAAAAGAGUUUGACUAUAAGAAUUACAGCAAAAGGUUUAGCAUAGAUCCAAUAACAGUAAUUUCCUGUUUAGUGGGAGGACCUAGAUGUGACAGAGAGAUUGUGAAAUAGGGAAUGAAGAAAGUCCAUUAUGAUUGA